CGUGAACAAAGCAAAUCCUUGCGACAGGACCUCCGAGCUAUCCACAGCCAACUGUUGUGCGCGCGUACUUAUAAUCACAACGUUCGAAUUCGUGUUCGUUUUUGUGCUUUCUUCAACAGGAACCGCUUGUUAUGGUAACUUUACUUAAUGUGUUGUAAUGCUGAAUGUUGAUGUAUGUCCUUAAAAAAUUUGAAAUGAAGUAAAAUGUACGGAUACCAUGGAGUCGCAGCCAUUAUUGAAAAAUAACACCGAAAACAUGACAAGUAAUAUGGGGACGAUUGAAUAUGGGAUUAUUAACAAUGAUACUUUCAUGGAGACGGAAAUACUCGAGGACCAAGACACUGUUACUAUUAUGUCAAUAUUAGUAGUAGGGGUCUUCCUGUCCCUCCUCAUAUUUCUCUCUGUGGCGGGAAACAUUCUGGUCUGCGUGGCCAUCUACACUGACCGCGGGCUACGCAGGAUAGGCAACCUGUUUCUCGCCUCCCUGGCCAUCGCUGAUUUAUUCGUAGCCUCGCUGGUGAUGACGUUUGCCGGCGUAAACGAUCUCCUAGGCUACUGGAUUUUCGGAGCACAAUUCUGCGACACUUGGAUAGCCUUCGACGUCAUGUGUUCGACGGCUAGCAUACUCAACCUGUGCGCAAUAUCUUUGGAUAGGUACAUUCACAUCAAGGACCCCCUGAGAUACGGGAGAUGGGUCACAAGAAGGGUGGCAUUGGGAACAAUCGGAACGAUAUGGCUUCUCGCCGCGCUGAUAUCGUUCGUGCCGAUAUCAUUGGGCUUGCAUCGGCCCGUCCAACCUUUGGUGUACAAUGCAGGGGGGCAAAACUACCCAACAUGCGCUCUUGAUUUGACCCCGACUUAUGCGGUGGUCAGCAGCUGCAUCUCCUUCUACGUACCCUGCAUUGUUAUGCUCGGAAUAUACUGCAGACUGUACUGCUACGCCCAGAAGCACGUGAAGAACAUAAGAGCCAUCACCAGACCAAUCGAUCUUCCGGACGCGACAACGAAGAAAAAGAGUAUAAAGCAGAAAAACAAGGCCCUCCACAUCCACCUGCACAACCAUCACAGCUCGCCUUACCACGUGAGCGACCAUAAGGCGGCUAUUACAGUGGGGAUCAUAAUGGGGGUGUUUUUGAUUUGCUGGGUGCCGUUUUUCUGCAUAAACAUAGUCGCGGCGUUCUGCAAGACCUGCAUCCCCGACAUAACCUUCAAAAUAUUGACGUGGUUGGGGUAUUCGAACUCCGCCUUCAAUCCGAUUAUAUACUCGAUCUUCAAUACAGAGUUUCGUGAGGCUUUCAAGCGGAUUUUGACGGCGCACUAUCCCUCUUGGUGCAAGUGCGGGUAUCAGUCGGUAUCUUUGAAUACCAACGACAAGUUCAUCACUGAUUACGGCACCAAGACUCUGGUGGUGAACGCUAGGAGGAACGGCUCGUUCGGAGAGUUCUCCAGUGAACAUUUGAGUACCGAGUCGGUGAGGCAGACGCGCGUCAACUCCACCGAGAAGGACUUUUUCGGGGAGGACGUCAGUGCCAUAUGACAGGACUUUGACAAUCUCCAGGACACCAUGGUGUAGAGUGUCGAAAACUCGAUUGUACAUACUCAUAUUUCGUGGUAGACUUAUAUAGAAUCUAUCCUGUCCAGUUUUCUGCAUUGCAGUCUGUCCAUCUCAAAUCGACCGGACAAAAAGGGGUGAGUCGUUAUUUUUUAACGAAUUUUGUUUAGUUUCUACACCGAAAUCUAUAUCUUUUUGCUUAAAUUUGUUUCAUCCGAAAUCGGCAGUAAAGUAGAACUUUACUACCGAUUUAAUACGAGUAUUGUAUGCAACCCAUUAUACAUUUUAAGAUGUCUCU